AUGAGGGCGAAGCGGUCGAAGAAGUACCGCAAGCUCAUGCACCAGUAUGAGCUCACGUUCGGCUUCCGCGAGCCGUACCAAGUGCUGGUGGAUUCUAAUUUCCUCCGCGCUAUACAUCAAUUCAAGAUGGACUUGAUUCCCUCGCUGGAACGGACGCUGAAGGGGAAGGUGAAGCCACUCUUAUCGAAAUGCUCCCUCGCGGCUAUCAUGGCUGCCCAGCCGAAAAACCCCAAGACGAACAAUCCCAUCCGUCCCGAGCACCUCCCUCCGCCUACGACUCUUCCACUGCGACACUGCUCUCACAACGAAGAAGAUACUCCGAUCGACGAGGCAGAGUGUCUCCUGUCCUUGCUCUGUCCGAAUAAGGAGACGAUGCGCAACAAGGAACACUACAUCCUCGCGACGGCCGACCCCCCGUCGGCAGAAGUUCUAGCGCAAAACCCACAAGUUCUAGGGCAAAACGGCGAGCUCUCAAAUCCCAAAAAGCGGAAACGUGCCGAGAUCUUGCAUCAGGAGCUGAGCCGAAAGGCAAGCGCUCUUCGGGCGGGGGCACGCUCGAUCCCCGGCGUACCCAUCAUCUACGUGAAGCGCUCCGUCAUGAUUCUGGAGCCCAUGAGCACACCGUCUGAACAAGUGCGACUCGGAGUGGAAGAGAGCAAGUUCAAGGCGGGCAUCGAAACGGCGUUGUCUGUCGUUGGGAAGAGGAAGAGAGAUGAGAACGACGAGGGGCCGAAGCCACGCCGCGCAAAGAAGGCCAAGGGGCCGAACCCGCUGAGCGUGAAGAAACCGAAGAAGAGGGAAAAACAGAGGCCGGAGGAUCAGGGGAAGAAGAACAAGAAGUCGAGUGAGAAUUCCGAACAGGGGACUAGCAAUGGACCCGGGGCAGAGGGCGAGGCGACUGUCAAGACGAAACGAAAGAGGCGACACAAGAGUUCCAAGGCGGCAGGGGAUAAGGCUGGUGGAGAGAAUAAUAACUCUGAGACAGUCGGAGCAGAACCUGCGGCUUCCGAUUCGAAGGAGAACGCUGCGGACUGA